AUUAUACACGCGAUACGAUAUCUAUAUUGAAGCUUAACGAUCCUGGCUCGUUGUUUGUGCCACUAGUCAUUCAGCAAAAUGGGGGUACGGUAGGAUGCAUUCUUUCGUGUCGAAUCGCGCGAAGAAGCUGUGUGAUUUGUAAUAUCUCGUGAAUAAUAAUAAUAAAUCAUUACGAUUACGAUGAAGUUAUACAAGGCUACCUAAAAAGGGAUGAUCAUCUAAUCGAUUAUAUUAGUUCGUUCGUCGUUCGUCGAACGUAAAAAAAAAAGGGGAAAGAUAUAAAGAUUAAAGAAAAAGAUAGAAAAAAAAUUCGAUCGAGAGUGCGUGCGUCGAGUGCCUAACUUCGUGUCUGUCGUUGUCGUCGUCGUCGUUGUACGGUUGAUUUGACACUUUGAAAAAAAACAGAAAAGAAAACAAAAAAUCAAGAACUCGUUAUAUCACACCCCGCCUCCCCCUUUUUUACAUUUCUUUAUAUUUUGUCUUAUUUAAUUUAUUUUCACGAUACACGUACACGACACACACAUAUAUACGUACGUAAGUUUUGAUUAAUUAAUUAAAUCUUUUUUGGAGUUGUGUCGAAGCUCGUUAUGUCUGGAAAUCAUGAAACGUUUAAUAAUAAAACAAAGUGUCCUUCGGAGUACGUAAAGUUAAAUAUCGGUGGUUCUUUGCAUUAUACGACUUUGGGAACAUUGCAAAAACAUGACACGAUGUUACGCGCCAUGUUCAGUAAUCGUAUGAAGAUUCUUACCGACUCCGAAGGAUGGGUAAUAAUUGACCGGUGUGGGAAACACUUUGGUACAAUAUUGAAUUUCCUAAGAGACGGUUCAGUUCCAUUGCCAGAAAGCGCCAAAGAAAUGGCAGAACUUUUAUCAGAAGCUAAAUACUAUUGUAUCAGCGAGUUAGCAGAAUCAUGUGAGCAAGCGCUUCUUAGGAAAGAACGCGAAGCUGAAUCCAUUUGUACCGUCUCAUUGAUUACGUCUCAAAGAGAAGAACAACUUCUUAUAAGUAAUACUGCUAAGCCAGUAGUAAAACUUAUUAUAAAUAGGCACAAUAACAAAUACUCAUAUACAAGUACAUCAGACGACAAUCUAUUAAAAAAUAUAGAAUUAUUUGAUAAAAUGUCUCUUAGAUUUAAUGGUAGGGUGCUAUUUAUCAAGGAUGUUAUCGGUUCGAGCGAAAUUUGCUGUUGGACAUUUUACGGCCACGGUCGUAAAGUAGCCGAAGUAUGCUGCCAUUCGAUUGUGUAUGCAACAGAUAAAAAACAUACAAAGGUCGAAUUUCCAGAAGCUCGCAUUUAUGAGGAAAUGUUAAAUAUUUUAUUAUACGAACAUCGUAAUGGACCAGAUCAAGAAUUAAUGCAGGCAACAUCUUCUCGUGGUGCUGUAGGUGGUGCACCACCUUGUACAUCCGACGAAGAAGAGGGUGGACAGGGACAAACAGACAGAGGGAGAGCGAGAUUUAAAUACAUGCUGCAGCUAGAGAAGUGAUUACAAUUUAUAAGAAAGGAAAUAUGUUGUUUAUAAUUUAAACAAUACUUUUUUUUAUCGAUAAUUAAAUUAGAAGAAAAUUAAGAUAUAUAUUGUUUAUGUAGGAUCGAACAACUUCCAUACCCAAAUAAUAAAAUAGCUAUUCAUGAGGAAAUUGACCAGAAAGUUCUAUAUAGUUCGAAAGUUAGUUUUUAGUUGAAUGGAAAAUGAAAGACUUGGGUUCGUGUUCAGGAUCAGUCCAAUAGCCCAAUUUUUUCUCGAAUCCUACAUUUACAUAUAUCUUUUGUUUGAGGUGAGUUAUAUGAUUUUGCAGAAAAAUUAUGUCUAGUAUAACGAAUUAAAAAGUAAAAGAAAAGAAAUAUUUUAAAUUGUGUAAUAUUAUAUGCGCGUUUAACAUUAUAUAUAUAUGUGUCAUUAUUAUUGUGUCAAAAAUAUAAUUAUUGUUUAAUAAUUAUAUUUUUUAUAUCUAUAUUAUAGUUUUUAAAAGUAUAUUUCAACUUUUAAUUUUAUCCUUUCGCUGAUUGAAAUACGAUAUAGUCUUCCGAUUAAUAUUGUUCUAUUUAAGAAAUAUAUUUAAAUACAUUUCAAUUUG